ACGGAACUCCCCUCACCUCACACCCGUAUAUAGUUCUUGAGACUUGAGAGAGCGCCUCACCUUUGGAGACGGAAGAGAGCUGUGACGUCCGAAACCUCUCUCUGCUCUCUCUUUCUGUCGACGACGUAUCUGUUUCUUUUACAUAGUUAGUUGGGAAACUUAAAGAGUAGUCAAGAUGGUGAAGUUUACUGCUGAAGAGCUUCGUAGGAUUAUGGACCUGAAGCAUAAUAUUCGUAAUAUGUCUGUUAUUGCCCAUGUUGAUCACGGGAAGUCAACACUUACUGAUUCUCUUGUGGCUGCUGCUGGUAUCAUUGCCCAAGAAGUUGCUGGUGAUGUACGUAUGACUGACACCCGGGCGGAUGAGGCUGAGCGUGGAAUUACGAUUAAGUCAACUGGUAUAUCUCUUUACUAUGAGAUGAGUGAUGCUGCUUUGAAGAGCUACAAGGGUGAAAGAUCAGGGAACGAGUACCUCAUCAAUCUCAUCGACUCUCCUGGGCACGUUGACUUUUCGUCUGAAGUCACAGCUGCACUUCGGAUCACUGAUGGUGCACUUGUUGUGGUUGAUUGUAUUGAGGGGGUUUGUGUCCAGACAGAAACUGUUCUUAGGCAGGCCCUUGGUGAAAGGAUCAGGCCUGUUUUGACAGUAAACAAGAUGGACAGGUGUUUUCUCGAGCUGCAGGUUGAUGGAGAGGAGGCUUAUCAAACUUUCCAGAGGGUAAUUGAGAAUGCUAAUGUCAUCAUGGCUACUUAUGAAGAUCCACUCCUUGGUGAUGUUCAGGUCUACCCUGAGAAAGGAACGGUUGCUUUCUCUGCUGGAUUGCAUGGUUGGGCUUUUACUUUAACCAAUUUUGCCAAGAUGUAUGCAUCCAAGUUUGGAGUUGACGAGGGAAAAAUGAUGGAAAGGCUCUGGGGUGAGAACUACUUUGACCCAGCAACUAAAAAGUGGACCAGCAAGAACUCUGGCUCUCCUACUUGCAAGCGUGGUUUUGUUCAGUUCUGCUAUGAACCCAUUAAGCAGAUUAUUAACACUUGCAUGAAUGACCAGAAAGAUAAGCUUUGGCCGAUGUUACAGAAGCUUGGCGUUACCAUGAAGUCUGAUGAGAAGGACUUGAUGGGCAAGGCACUGAUGAAGCGUGUCAUGCAGACCUGGCUCCCAGCAAGUUCUGCCUUACUGGAGAUGAUGAUCUUUCACCUUCCCUCUCCUGCCACAGCUCAAAAGUACCGUGUUGAGAACUUGUAUGAGGGUCCCAUGGAUGAUCAGUAUGCUACUGCUAUAAGGAACUGUGAUCCUGAUGGUCCUCUCAUGCUUUAUGUGUCAAAGAUGAUUCCUGCUUCUGACAAAGGUAGAUUCUUUGCUUUUGGUCGUGUAUUCUCUGGAAAGGUUUCAACAGGUGUGAAAGUUCGGAUCAUGGGUCCUAAUUAUGUUCCUGGUGAGAAGAAAGACUUGUAUGUUAAGAAUGUGCAAAGAACUGUUAUAUGGAUGGGCAAGAAACAAGAAACCGUUGAAGAUGUUCCUUGUGGUAACACAGUGGCAUUGGUUGGCUUGGAUCAGUUUAUUACCAAGAAUGCUACCUUGACAAAUGAAAAGGAAGUUGAUGCUCACCCAAUCCGUGCUAUGAAGUUCUCUGUUUCACCUGUCGUUCGUGUCGCUGUUCAGUGCAAGGUUGCUUCUGACCUUCCCAAGCUCGUUGAAGGUUUGAAACGUUUGGCCAAGUCAGACCCUAUGGUUGUUUGUACCAUUGAAGAGUCUGGGGAGCACAUUAUUGCUGGUGCAGGAGAGCUCCAUCUUGAAAUCUGUUUGAAGGAUCUGCAGGAUGAUUUCAUGGGUGGUGCUGAGAUUGUUAAGUCUGAUCCUGUUGUGUCAUUUCGUGAGACCGUUCUCGAGAAGUCCUGCCGCACUGUCAUGAGCAAGUCUCCCAACAAGCACAAUCGUCUCUACAUGGAAGCACGUCCCCUGGAGGAGGGGCUUGCUGAGGCCAUUGAUGAUGGACGUAUUGGUCCACGUGAUGACCCCAAGGUCCGAUCUAAGAUAUUGUCUGAGGAAUUUGGUUGGGACAAGGAUCUUGCCAAGAAGAUUUGGUGUUUUGGGCCUGAGACAACUGGCCCUAACAUGGUGGUUGACAUGUGUAAAGGUGUUCAGUACCUGAAUGAAAUUAAGGACUCUGUUGUUGCUGGUUUCCAGUGGGCUUCUAAGGAAGGUGCGUUGGCUGAAGAAAAUAUGAGGGGUAUCUGUUUUGAAGUCUGUGAUGUCGUUCUUCACGCUGAUGCCAUCCACAGAGGUGGUGGUCAGGUCAUUCCAACGGCCAGGAGGGUUAUUUAUGCUUCCCAGCUUACUGCAAAGCCCAGGCUGCUUGAGCCCGUCUAUCUGGUUGAAAUCCAGGCCCCGGAGCAGGCUCUUGGUGGUAUUUACAGUGUUCUUAACCAGAAACGUGGUCAUGUCUUUGAAGAAAUGCAAAGGCCUGGAACCCCACUCUAUAACAUCAAGGCUUACCUUCCAGUCGUAGAGUCAUUUGGUUUCUCUGGCAAUUUGAGGGCUGCAACCUCUGGUCAGGCUUUCCCUCAGUGUGUGUUCGAUCAUUGGGAUAUGAUGACAUCAGAUCCAUUGGAUCCCACAUCACAGGCUGCAACUCUUGUUCAUGAUAUCCGUAAGAGGAAGGGACUGAAGGAGCAGAUGACCCCUCUGUCAGAGUUCGAGGACAAGCUGUAAGCAAUCAAAAAAUUUUAAUAUUCAUAUGGAACAAUGUUUAACCCACAGAGGAUUAUGUUGGGUGCUGUCAUUUUUGCUGCCUUAAUAUUUUUUGUUUUCUUCCCUUGUUUAGUGUCUCAAUGUGGAGUUGUUGUCUGUGUGUCGUAUUGUUCUGUGUUAGUUUUAAAUAAUUUUAUGCCUGUUUCUCAGGUACGGAGUCGUUAGAUUUGGUUUGAAUUACUUCGGUUGAGAUACUUCAUACUUAUGAUUCUUGACCUUUAACUUGGGCUUUUAGUUUUGUGCUGCAAA